AUGGACCAAAGAUAUAAGAUUUGGACAUGGCACGGAGAACCUUGGGAAUGGACUACUAACGCUAGUAGAAAUGUGGAAGAAGAUGAGCAAAGUAGGUUCAGUUUUGUUUAUGAAGAAGUAGGGAUGGAUGAUAAUGAUUUAGGCGAUAUUGGAUUUGAUCCUUAUGAGUUUGCCAAUGUGAUUGGGGAUGGAGAUCAACCCUUGUACCCUGGUAGCUGUAAGUACACGAUGUUGUCAGCUUUGGUGAAGUUAUAUAAUUUGAAAGCAAAACAUGGGAUGAGUGGUGUUUGUUUUACAGAAUUAUUGAUACUUCAAGAAGAUUUGCUUUCAGAAGGAAAUACACUACCUUCCUCUAUGUACGAGGCAAAAACAACAUUGUUUGCUGUAGGGAUGAGUUAUGAGAAAAUCUACACAUGUCCCAAUGACUGCAUCUUGUAUAGGAAGGAUUAUGAAGAUUAA